AUGGAUUAUCCAACUCCAACGCCUACACCAACACCAACUCCAACUCCAACUCCAACUCCGACAUUAACACCAACUCCAACACCAACUCCAACUGCAACACCUACUCCAACUCCAUCUCCAACUCCAUCUCCAACUCCAACACCUACACCAACACCUACAUCCACACCAACACCAACUCCGACAUUAACACCAACUCCAACACCAACUCCAACUCCAACACCUACUCCAACUCCAACUCCAACUCCAACUCCAACUCCAACUCCAACUCCAACUCCAACUCCAACUCCUACUCCGACACCAACUCCAACUCCUACUCCAACUCCAACUUUAACUCCAACUCCAACUCCAACUCCGACACCUACUCCAACUCCAACACCAACUCCAACUCCAACUCCUACUCCGACACCAACUCCAACUCCAACUCCAACUCCAACUCCAACUCCUACUCCGACACCAACUCCAACUCCUACUCCAACUCCAACUUUAACUCCAACUCCAACGCCUACUCCAACUCCAACUCCAACACCUACACCAACUCCAACUCCAACUCCAACACCUACACCAACUCCGACACCAACUCCAACUCCAUCUCCAACUCCAACUCCAACACCAUCUCCAACUCCGACACCAACUCCAACGCCUACUCCAACUCCAACACCAACUCCAACGCCAACACCUGAACCUUGGUUUCCUAUCUAUGAUCCCUUCAUUUUAGGAGAUAAUUGUAAUUAUGCCACACCUGAUGAUUGUAAACAACAAAUCAUUUCAGAAACUAAUGUAACUAAUCUAUAUUUGGCAAUCCGUGAUGCCUAUCCUACAAAGGCUCUAGCUCAUACACGUGUGAUUGCUCUUUCUGGAGUUGAUAAUAUCAAUAUUGAAUCAUGGAAAAUGUCUCUUUCGAAACAAGCUUUGAAUAUUGCUCCUAUCGAUUUAUACAUUUUACAUGAUCCUAUUAAAGGUCGAAAACUGAGUACUGAACUUAUAUUAAGUCAUAUGUAUUUAUGUAAAUAUACAUAUCCUCGUAUUCUAUAUAUCAGUGAUGGUACUUUGUAUCGUGAAGGAUUUGUAAAAUUGUUACAAUAUAUAUAUGAUAAUAGAGCGAAUGGAUGGUUCAAUAAUAUGGAAACAUUUGUUGUAGUCAAAAAUUAUAUAGCAUCAUAUGAUUAUCUUCAAGAAGGUUCAAAUCCUGGUUAUGUUACUGAACUAAAUCAACAGAUUAUCAGUUAUUUGAAUACAAUGUGUACUGACAAAAUCAAUUUUCCUAAUUUGAAAUCAAUGGAUUUUAACAUGAAUGGAUACAAUUUGAUAGGAUCAUCUGGUUUUGCUGAAGAAUUGAAAGGAUCUUGUCCUUCUUCGAGUGGAGUAUCUAUUUCUGCAUCUGAAAGUUUUAUCAAGUAUCCUGUAUUUUGUCUUGAUGAUAAUCAUUUUCAAUCAUCGCUAAUGACUCGAACAUACUAUUAUGACAUGAACAAUGCAAUUGAUGCUAUUCAAUGUCGCUACAAUUGGAAUUGGGAAGUGAAUGGAAUGUUCAACAAUGAUAUUACUGGACCCUAUCCAUUGGACACUACUCCUGAUUGUCCCACUAUAUUUCUUCCUACACCUACGCCAAUUCCUACUCCAACACCUGAACCUUGGUUUCCUAUCUAUGAUCCCUUCAUUUUAGGAGAUAAUUGUAAUUAUGCCACACCUGAUGAUUGUAAACAACAAAUCAUUUCAGAAACUAAUGUAACUAAUCUAUAUUUGGCAAUCCGUGAUGCCUAUCCUACAAAGGCUCUAGCUCAUACACGUGUGAUUGCUCUUUCUGGAGUUGAUAAUAUCAAUAUUGAAUCAUGGAAAAUGUCUCUUUCGAAACAAGCUUUGAAUAUUGCUCCUAUCGAUUUAUACAUUUUACAUGAUCCUAUUAAAGGUCGAAAACUGAGUACUGAACUUAUAUUAAGUCAUAUGUAUUUAUGUAAAUAUACAUAUCCUCGUAUUCUAUAUAUCAGUGAUGGUACUUUGUAUCGUGAAGGAUUUGUAAAAUUGUUACAAUAUAUAUAUGAUAAUAGAGCGAAUGGAUGGUUCAAUAAUAUGGAAACAUUUGUUGUAGUCAAAAAUUAUAUAGCAUCAUAUGAUUAUCUUCAAGAAGGUUCAAAUCCUGGUUAUGUUACUGAACUAAAUCAACAGAUUAUCAGUUAUUUGAAUACAAUGUGUACUGACAAAAUCAAUUUUCCUAAUUUGAAAUCAAUGGAUUUUAACAUGAAUGGAUACAAUUUGAUAGGAUCAUCUGGUUUUGCUGAAGAAUUGAAAGGAUCUUGUCCUUCUUCGAGUGGAGUAUCUAUUUCUGCAUCUGAAAGUUUUAUCAAGUAUCCUGUAUUUUGUCUUGAUGAUAAUCAUUUUCAAUCAUCACUAAUGACUCGAACAUACUAUUAUGACAUGAACAAUGCAAUUGAUGCUAUUCAAUGUCGCUACAAUUGGAAUUGGGAAGUGAAUGGAAUGUUCAACAAUGACAUUACUGGACCCUAUCCAUUGGACACUACUCCUGAUUGUCCUAUUAUGUGA